UUGUAGAGAGUAAAUGAUGGAGAAGACAGAGUGAGUAGGCCACCUCACCUAUUUUGACCACAAACAAUGCCAAACCCUGUAAUUUUUAUACAUUCUGACUUGCUUCUACAAGGAGCUCAGUAGUUGUGUAGAAAUUAUCAUUAAAAUCCAUUAAUUUGUUGUGCUGUCGAAGUAACCCAUUUUGAAUUGAAAGUCAUGAGAAGAACUUGAUCGUAACUGUUGUUGUUUUGCUCCAGGUGUCUGUCUUGGCGAUGUGCCAUACCAGAGAGCUGGCCUUUCAAAUCAGCAAGGAAUAUGAGAGAUUUUCAAAGUACAUGCCCACUGUCACGGUGGCAGUGUUCUUUGGAGGGCUUUCUAUGAAGAAAGAUGAAGAAGUGCUGAAGAGACUGGGAACACCGGGCAGGAUCCUGGCAUUGACACGCAACAAGACACUCAACCUGCGUCACAUCAAACAUUUCAUCCUGGAUGAGUGUGACAAGAUGCUCGAGCAGCUUGACAUGCGCAGAGACGUCCAGGAGAUUUUCCGUAUGACUCCCCAUGAGAAGCAGGUCAUGAUGUUCAGCGCCACGCUGAGUAAAGAGAUCCGUCCAGUCUGCAGAAAGUUCAUGCAAGAUCCGAUGGAAAUCUUUGUGGACGAUGAGACCAAGCUGACUCUGCAUGGGCUGCAGCAGUACUAUGUCAAGCUGAAGGACAAUGAGAAAAACAGAAAGCUCUUUGACCUCCUGGACGUACUAGAGUUUAAUCAGGUGGUGAUCUUUGUGAAGUCUGUCCAGCGGUGUGUAGCUCUGGCCCAGCUUCUCGUGGAGCAGAACUUCCCAGCGAUUGCCAUCCAUCGAGGGAUGCCUCAGGAGGAACGACUGGAGGAGCCGGGGAUUGAACCACCGACUGUAAGUGGACGAGCUGCUCUACCUCCUGAGCCACAGCCGCCCCAGGAGGUAGUUCAGUCAGAGGCGAUCGACAUCUCCUGUUACAUUGAACCAGCACGAUAGAUGAGCCAGAUACUCCCCUGCGGCUCCCAGACACUUUGUAUUUGCAACUUCACUCUGAUGGUAGAUGCAGACUGUCUUUAGCUAAAUCCUGACAUGUCAGAGAGCAGAUAUUUUCCUAAUACUGUGACAUUUGCUUGAAUAAAAGCAGUGGUGGUGGUACAGCUCCGUCUGCAGGGAGAAAUCAGGACAGACUUUGUUUCAUAAUAUUUGUUUAUUUAAGUUUCUAAUGUCAGUAUUUGUAAAAGAAAUAUUUAAUUUUGAUAUUGAGUUGUUUUAUGAGGGAUAGCUGGUUUUCUAGCUGUGAUGAGUUCUUACAGGAAGUAUUUCAAGGACUAAAAUAGAGACAUGGACAUUACUAAACACUUUCACUGCUGUGUGGAUUAAUAA